AUGGAUGCAUCGCAGCGUCUUGGUGGCGGUGGCCUCCUCAAGGCGGUCUACGUCUUCUUCUUGCUGCUGUUCGGCCUCUUUGUGACCGGUGCGUACAACUGGGCGUUGAAGGAAUACCGAACGCAGCCGCAGAAUAUCAACCCCGUCAUGUACCCCUUCUUCACCGAAAUCAACGUCUCUGCUUUUGCACCGACGAUGCGGGAGAAAUACUACCGACUCUGGCGUACCUACGACUGGAUGGCGGACGGAUACGCCGCCCCGCGCGUUGACGGAGUAUACGCUCGAGUCCCUAUCUUUUACGUGCAUGGCAACGGCGGCUCCUACUACUGCGCGCGUUCCCUGGCUCGCUUUGUGUAUGAAUCCAACGCGCGACUGCGGCAGCAGGUGAUGCGUGAGUACCGCCGCCACGUGAAGCGGCAGUUGUUCCAGGAAUACCGCGCCAACCAAUCGCUUGAGGAGCUGGAGGAAGGAGUGCGCAUUCCAGAGUGGCUACAGCACCGUGUGGAAGAGAAGAUAGUGCGAGAGGAGGUGCCACUGCUUGGCGCGGAGCUCUUUUCCGUGGACUUCUUGGAAGAGUCGUCCACACAGUCGGCGGCCAUCACCUUAAAGGAGGCGCGUUUCGUAAAUCAUUCUGUCCACCUCGUCAUGAGCGGAUUCCUGCGCACCUACGCUGACGUCCUCGCCGCGCCACCAGCGCCUGCCUUCGACAGUGACACGCUUGACAAGAAGGACACCCGUCGCACGGGCGGCACCUCGAAGCUCUCCGCGGCCACUGAGAGGCUGCUGAGGGAAGUCGAGAGGGAGUACUCACAAAGCGUGUGCAGCCAUUCUUCCAUCGUCGCGGACGAGAAGGUGUGCCAGCAGGCGAAUUACCUGACGAAGCGGUUCUCAACUCUGGAGCGGGCGCGAGCGGAAGUGCAGCGCGUGCAGCAGCGGGGUAUCUGGAUGUGGGCCGAGUCGCUCGGAGGCGUGACAACUCUCUUGGCCGCCAUCCUGGCCCCGCAUCUCUACGCAGGUGUGGUCAUGGUGGGGACACCGAUGCACUACCCGCCGCUGUUCUUCGACCACGCAAGCGUCUGGAUCUACGAGAUCCUCAAUGCAGCGGUGCUACUGCGUUAUCCGGCCCCAGAAGACGUGCAACGAGUGCAGUACACUGCUAUCAACUGGGCGGACAUGGUGGCCGACACAAAGCUUCCAAAUGAUCUCCUGCAUGACCUCCGCGCCGUGCCGCCUGCCGAGCUUCAUCAUCGUCUGCGCAACCUCACGCUUCUCGGCAUCAACGGCGGCACUUUGGACGAUGUUGUUCCCUCCAUUUCCGGCUACUUGCAGCGCUCAACACCACGCGCGCCAGGCACACUGGUCAACCGAAGCGCCCUCCUGCAGGACGGCGGGUAUCGACGCGACAUCUCCACUGAGACGCUCCGCGGCUGCGGCACCGCCAUGGACCACCGCGGGCUCGUGUACGGUCUUCAGUUCCUGCAACACUCUGCCGACUCGCUGGUGCAGGCAGCGCUGCUGCCGAACGCCAAUGCAUAUUUCGGCCGUGAGGAGAAGCUUCCGUCGCUGCACCGCGAUCGGCUCUUCCCCAGCGUGGUGGAGACACUAGACGCGCACCGCUUUGAAGAGCAGCGGCUCGAGCACAUCUUCAUGUCGUCCGUGCGUGACUCGCUCACCGGCAAGUACGUGAAGGAGACGAAGUUCCGUGCGCUGUCGGAGCAGCUAAAGCAGGUGUGCGUGGACAGCGACGCACCGAUCGACUACAACGAUCUGCCCAUGUACGACGAGGCGGACCUGAGGAGCGGUUACUACGAUGGCGCGAAGGUGCUGAACGUGCUCAUAGGCGUGACGACGCUCUCGCCCGAGCAGGUGUUUGCGCCGAACAUUCAACUGUUCUACGACCAGGCACGCGAAACACCGACUCUCGACUCGGAGGUGCAUGAACGGGCAGCAACGUUGCUACACCUGCCGACGACCUACAAGGGCACCAAGCCGAUACCCGGGCGAACUCUGCAGACAGCCGUCAGCUUUGCCAUCUACCGACGGAUGACGAAGCGCCGCCAUCAGACGUGGCUCUGGCCACGCUUCUGCAUGCUAGUGGGUAUCGACCAGGGCCUAGGAACAACACGCGCAUAUCUCCAGUAUGACAAGAUCGGCCUCUCCGCGUUCGCCGAUUCCUCCAGCAACCACGUGCUGCCGCGGUUGCUCCGUGGCUUCGGUGGCGGAGUGCAGGUGCACACGCAGCCUGGCUACGCGCUGGUGCGCGGCGUGGACAGCGCCUUGCUGGAGCCGCAGCUGCAGGUGCGCACCGAUGACGCGGCCGAUGUGUUUCCGCUUGUCAUGUGCGGCUCGCUGCACUCCUUUUACCUUGCCCUGCGCGGUCACGGCUCGCUGCCGGCUGAUGAGCCGGAGCACGAACUGCAGUAUUUCUACGGCCCGUUUCACGAGAACGUGCACCACUUCUCCUACCGCUGGAAGCCGUUUAGCACCUACCCGCCUCUGCUCAAUGAGACUUAUCUAAUUUACACUCUCACGGACAACCGCGGCGCUCGCCCAGACGUGCGUCUCCCUACGUACACCAUGCUGCAGAACGCCUCCGUUGUCUCGCCCGAGUACUGGCUGUGGCUACUGGUGCUCUGGCCGCAGCGGUGGCUAGCGGCCUUCUCCAUGUAUACUGGCAUCGUUCGCCUCGCUGGGGCGUCCGUAGUGCUCUUCUUCACCCUCUUCUUUGUGCUGGGCAUGCUGGAUGAGAAGAUGUGCGCGACCGAGUCGCUGAAGGCAGCUCUGUGGCGGCGCUCACCCUUUCGGCGCAUUCGCGUUCUCCCUCCAUUGGCGGGCAUGGUGGUGAUGGCGUUUGUGCUGGAGUUGGUAACAGGUCUGUGGGCAUCAACGGCGCUGGAAGUGUGCCUCUCCACCGAUCCACCGGCGUACGUGACGGAGGCGGCGAUGACGGCGCGCAUGAGCAUCUGGGAAAAAUUCACCCUGGUGGCGUUGUACGGUAUCUCCCCUAGCUACCGCGCCUGCCGCUUCUCGUGGAUCUCGAUGCAAGGUGUACCAGUGUGGUCUGUGCUCGUGGAGCAAAUGGCCACCGUCUACCUGGGCUUUGGCAUGGCGUGCGUCUUCCUCAUGUUGGUCUUUGGCUACCUGGCCGUGAUCGGUGCUGUUACGUGGCCGUUUCGCCGGCUUGUGCUGCUCCCGCUCCUUCGUUGUGCACCGAUGUCGCUGGCGCUGCUCCUCGGGUUGGGGUGGGCAGCGCCAACGGUUCUGCUACUGACGUGCCCGUCCUUUCCACUGUGCUUUGUAGACAUGGUCGGCCCCAGUUUGAUGGCGAUUCCGGUGUGGAUGCUGCCUCACUGGACCCGUUCUGGGUACGACUACCGUCUCGUGCUUUUUCUUGUUUGCUUGGCCUGCAUCUUCCCGUCGCACUUCAACGGGCUCGUUCUGACGAUACGCAACGCCAUCAUGAUGCGCAAGAACCCUGCUGCGUUGGGAGAUGCGGAGCGUUACACCCCGAGCCGACCGCAGCUCAUUAUAUUCGGCGUUGUGCAGGCAAACUUGGCCUGCGCCUACGCAUCGCUGUUUUACAUUCUGCGCAAUGAGGAGACUCUCCGGAUGGCGCACGAGGAAAAGCAGAGCAGCAAUGACACGUCUGCACUCACGUCGCAGUCAAAGGCGGGCAACGGCUACGUGCUGGGUGACAUGGGCCGUCGCGCGCCGCGCUUGCGCUCAUUUUUCGAGGUGCUGAACACCGCUUUUAUUUUCGCCAGUGUGUGGGCCUCGGUCGUCGCAAUGCGGCGCCCGAUCGAGGGCGGCGUCUCCCUUCUGGGGAACAUGACACUGCUGGGGUACCUGAGCACGCGCCUCCUGAGGGAGCUGUAG